AACGUGCUGAACAUAACUAAUAACAACUUCUACCUGGUCACUGUUGAGCAGCUAGACAUAGAGGUUUUGCACCAGUCCCUGAUAGUAGGGAAGACCACCAUGAAACUUCUACUGAAUAUGAGCCCUUUGCAGAGCGGCCAGAUCUAUUAUCUGGUGGCCAGUAGGAUAUGGGACGACAAUACCUAUAACAUUUGCACCUGGACAAAAGUCAAAGUUCACAAUGUUCUGCUGCAUAUACAGGGUACCCUGACCUGCACAUACCUGUGUCAUUCAGAGCAGCUGGCUUUUGAAGACUACCAGUACGUGGACUGCCGGGGGAAUGCCACGCUACCUCACCCGCUGCACCACCGCCCACCAUGA